AUGAAAAAGAGAGAAAGUAUUUCUGAACCUCCUUUAAAUAAAUUAGAACAAAUUAGAUUAAAGUUUUCAAAAUAAUUAAUCAAAGUCAAGGCUAAAGGAUUUGUGACUUGUAGUAUUGGAAAAUCAAUAUAAAAUGAUAAUGGAUCAAGAAUUUCAUUAGGAAAAAGCUCAUUCUUAGAAAAACUCUAAUCAAUCCAUUCAUUUGAAGAUGAUGAAAAAACAUUAUUAAAGUCUAUAUAAUUUGAUGUUUAAUUGGCAAUUAAUAGAUAUUAAUAAAGAAUUGAAUAAAUAGCAUAAUUAUAAGUAGAAAGAAGUUCAUUGAGAUCUUGCUAAUAAAAUAUUAUGCAAUACCUUACAACACCUUAAUAAGAAAAAAAUGAUAUACAAUUUGAUUCUUCUUAAUUAUUAUCUAAGAAAUCUGAUUGCAAAAGUUCUAAAUAGAAUAAUUAAAUUGAUCCAAAUACUACCAAUAAAUUAAAACCAUAUAAUAAAAAUAUUUUAGGUAAUAAGAAAUCAAAUAAAACAUUCAAAAUAAUAGCUGAUAAAUAGAAUAAAGCUAAAUAUAAUAAAAAAUAAAAUAAUUAAUCAUUUACAGAAAUAAAUGGGUUAAAUAAAAAACAAUCUAAAGAUGGUACUUUUAGUUAAAAAUCUGUUUCAACUCGCUAGCCAAGUGUAAAAGAAAUAGCAAUCAAUUUACAAUAAAGAAGAUCUACUGAAAUGAUAUUGAGAAAUCAACCAAGAUAAUCACGAAAUUCUAUUAAUUCCUUUGAUAACAAGUAAUCUGUAAAAACAAAAAAACCUUUAGUAUUCUGA